AUGGCCCGCAGUGUUCCUGAGGAGGAGUCCUCCCAGGUGGGCCCGGGCCAGGACUCGCAGUUGAUGGAAGAACUGCAGCGAGUUGCCAGCGAGGCAGAGCUGCGAAAGAAAUCCGAGCCGCCUGGCAAGCCGUCUGGGAAGUCCCUGGAAGGAGCCGCUCCUGGAGGGAUCACUGUCCUCAUGUCGGCUUCCAUGAACGCUGCCUGUCCUGCGAGGCUCAUUGGCGCAGAGGAUGAUUUGGAAAGGGACGACCCAAGGCCGGAAGAGGAAGCAUCCACGGUGGUGCCCUCUGCAGCUUCCGUUCGCCCGAAGCUGCAGGAUCUUGCCCAGUACAGGUCGCGCCGUUUCGCAGAAGAGUUGGAGUUUGUCCAAUGCUUGGCCAGUUACGUGCCUGCCCGAGGGGCACCGAACCUUUAUUCCCGACUGACCUUCCGAAGAUCUCGGAUGUGGCUGGCCUCUCAGGGCUUUCUUCGCGAUACCGGCUUCGCCCACUUCCUCGACUACUUGUCCGGGCCCACGCAGUUCGUGCGUGUUCGUUCUGCAGGGGAUUGUAGGCAGUGUGCACUGUGUGCUACUGCUCAGAUCACCUACCCGGCGUCCCUGGCGAUGCUGGAUCUUCAGUUCGAGGACGGCUCCAGCGAACAGCAGGGGGCUGAGGGCCCGUCGCUGGCACCUCAGCCAACGAAGACUGCCAGUGCAAAGCCACAAACCUGGCAUGUCGACGAAAAUCCUUUAGUCGCCUAUGUGGGUGAAGAUCUUUACUUCUGCAAAUCCCACGAGCCCACCGCGACCUUCGAGAUGCUGCGCAGGAUCCCCAGCGAAGCGCUCUCGCGCGCAGGCCCCGAGGAGCAGGAGCUGAGGUGCAAGCUGCUGCGUGGAGCCACCAUCGUCUUCGUCUCGGCCGGCCUUCCCCGGAAGAAGUUCAUCUUCCGCAAAGCCGCCAAAAUGGGCGUCAAGGCAGUCAUCAUCGACACACCUGACUCGUGGGCGAAGUCGCUUGUCGAGGAGCAGGUUAUCGCGAAGUUCAUCCCCGUGGACAUGGGGAUGGACGCUGAGUCGGUGUUCAACAGCGCACUCGCCGCCAUCAAGGAGCUCAGCGCGGACGAAGCGACGGGUCCAGCGGACGGCAUCUGCACGUUCUGUGAGCUGGGUGUGCCGAUGGCCGCUCGUCUGGCCGAGGCAACUGGGCUCCCCGGCCCCAAGCCCGAGGCGGUGGACAUCGAGGCUGCGCGAAAGGUCGGCUUUCCGUCUGUGCUGAAGCCUGUGGGCGGCUUCGGUUCGUUGGGCGUGCAGAAGGUGAACAACGAGGCAGAGUUGCUGUCGGUGUACCGCGAAGCGCGAUACGUCACCGUGUCGGACAACGGGCCGACUCACGAACCCUACUUCGGCGAAACGUGGGGCUGUAUGCCGUCGCUGCUGCCUCGUGAAAAGGUUGAGGACUUGCGCAAAAUGGCCGAAGACUCCGUCAAAGCUAUCGGCUUCGAGAACGGCAUCUUCCACGUUGAGUUCAAGUACACGUCGAGAGGGCCGCGGCUCAUCGAAGUGAAUGCGCGGAUGGGCGGCGGGCCUAUCCACAAAAUGCAUAAGCACACAUUCGGCGUCGACCUGGUGGUGGAGCAACUGUUCAUCGCUGUCGGAAUUCCCUGCAAUCCAUGCGCCGCAGACGUGCCCAAAAAAGCCGUAGCCUCCGCCUGCUGCAACGCGCCGCGCGGGGGCUGCAUCCCCGACCGACAGAUGUUCGAGGCGUUCAAGCAGAGAGAAGGCAUCUUGUCGGUGACGCCGCUCAUCAAGCCGGGCGACCGCGUGUUCGGGCCUGAAGAAGGCAUGCCUACGUGGAUAGCUGAAAUCUUGGUGGAGAGCGAUGACGGUGCUGCGGCGGCGCGAGAUUUUGCGUUGGCGGUGGAGCAGCAAGUGAUUGACGCUUAUUCGAACGUGGUGAAACCCUAUCAUGGUUGA